UUCUGAAGAAGACGAUGCUCUUAGUAUCCAACUCUAGACUCUCGCAGCUACAAAUACUAAAUUAAUGAAUACACCUAGUUAACUGUUUGAAUUAUUGUGUUCAGGUGCAAAUUUUUAGCCAAUGCUAACUCAUGUUCCAAAACACGAGAAUGGACACGCGUAUCUGAGUAGAAUUAGUCAACUAAAGAAUAGGCCUGAGCCUCAGCCUCGAGUUAUUUUGCGAGACCGAUGAGGCGACCCACGAGGGACGAGAGAAGACGGGGGUUCAGGAGGCUAAGAGAGGGAACAUAGGUUACAUUUUACGUUCAUCAUGUUGUUGGAUAUAAUGCAAGUAACCGAAGGAGGGGGAUUCGUCAUAAUCCAAGAUUCUGUGGAUUGCUGUGGACGGCAACUUCUCAAGAGUUUUAUGAAUGCUGCUUUAAAACGAGAAGAAAUCAUCCAUGUACUGGGGUUUGAGGUUUGUGAGGAUGAGCUGCGAGCCGGACUGGACAGCAGAUGCAUACAAAGGCUGUACUUUCAUGACGGUUUCACUGACCCCUUGGGCUGGACCGAAUGCCCAGCGCUGACCGUACACCAGUUCACUCCUCAGCAGAUCAGUGCGCGCAUCGGUCACUCUGAACAGCCGAAAUCAGUGAUGCUUGUCAUCGAUUCGCUGUCUUGGGUUCUGAGGCACCACCCUGCUACUGUGGUUUGCCAGCGGCUGCAGGAGCUCAGGAGAGGGGGAGCUUUGAAGAGUAUCCUGGCAUUGCUGCACUCUGACAUGCACCAGCAGGGAAUUGUGGGUAGCGUGUGCCACCUGGCUACCGCGGUCAUCUCCGUUUCACCUGGGACUAGUGUGAAGCAUGCUGUCGCCAAAACAACGAGGCGCACCAAAUCAGGCAGAGUUACCAGAGAGGAGGAGUACUUCACUGUUUCCGAGGAUCUUACAGUCACAAUAGAGGCCCAGUCCAUGCAUUCAGGAAAGGCACAGGCAGAACCAGAGGAGUUUGAGGCAGACCCUGCUGCGAACUUGACCUUCAACCUCCGGUUGUCAGAAGUUGAGAGGGAGGCCAAGGAGAAGCUGUCCCUGCCUUUUGUCUUCAGCCAAGAGAAGAAGUCUGCUCUCCUCCAUCAUAGACCUGGCGCAGGGCGGAUCCUCUAUGAACCUGAUGCGAAUGACGAUUUUGACCAGGAGGACCCUGAUGAUGAUUUGAACGUAUAAGGACGUGUGAUGCAGUGGCAAGGAACAGGACUUGUAACCCAAGGGCUUACCACUGCUGCACUGCCCUAG